UUCAAGUUCUUAAAACUGUGAUACUCGAGCGAAUUCGUUUCUAAUAAAUUUUUUUUUUAUAUUUAAUUUUAAAAAUAUUUUUACAAGUAUUCUUAAGUUGUUAAUCAGUUGUGAGUACCCUCUCCAUUAAGCCGGUGUCAUUUGUGAAGGUUAAAUUAAUUACUUCCAAAUUUAUUAAAUAAUUAUUGAAUAAAAUGGCUUCAUCGUUAAAUAAAUUACGAAUUUCAACAAAAUUACUUCAAAAUUCAAAUUAUUUUGAAACAAUUCCUCAACGUUUUGGGUCAUCAUGGUUCACUCACGUCGAAAUGGGACCACCAGAUGCAAUUUUAGGUAUCACCGAAGCAUACAAAAAAGACACCAAUCCAAAGAAAAUCAAUUUAGGUGUGGGUGCUUACCGUGACGACAACGGAAAUCCAUUUGUGCUACCAUCAGUCCUAGCCGCAGAUCGUCAAGUGUGCGAUGCUUGUUUAAAUAAAGAAUACGCACCGAUUAGUGGCACACCGGAAUUUUGUAAGGCUGCAAUUAAAUUGGCACUUGGUGAUGAUAGCAAGGCAUUAGAUCGUGUGGCAACUGUACAAAGUAUUUCUGGAACGGGAGCGUUACGUAUUGGAAAUGCAUUCUUUUCGAAAUUCUUUAAGAGUAAGGAUCUUUAUAUGCCGACACCCACAUGGGGUAAUCACGUACCACUUGCCACGCAUUCGUUACUAACACCAAAACAGUAUAAAUAUUAUAAUCCCAAUAAUUGCUCACUUGAUUUUGCGGGAUUAUGUGAAAAUCUUUCGCAAUUACCAGAACAUUCGCUAGUAUUAUUACACGCAUGCGCACACAAUCCAACCGGUGUUGAUCCAAAUCUUGAACAAUGGAAAGAAUUAUCGCAGUUAAUCAAGAAAAAGAAAUUAUUCCCAUACUUUGAUAUGGCUUAUCAAGGAUUUGCAUCAGGUGAUAUUGUAAAAGAUGCUGCAGCCGUACGAUUAUUUAUCAACGAUGGACAUCUAAUUGCAUUAUGCCAAAGUUUUGCCAAGAAUAUGGGCUUGUAUGGUGAACGUGUUGGUGCCUUCUCAAUUGUUGGUGAAUCGCCGGAGGAAGCUGCACGAAUUUUGUCACAAUUGAAAAUUUUAAUUCGCCCAAUGUACUCAAAUCCACCAAUUCAUGGUGCACGUAUUGUUACCACAAUUUUAACCGACAAAAAAUUAUAUCAACAAUGGUUGGGUGAUGUAAAAACAAUGGCUGAUCGUAUCAUAAACUGUCGUGAACAAUUAAAAUCAAAUCUAAAGAAAAUUGGUUCAAAACAUAAUUGGGACCAUAUUACUGAUCAAAUUGGUAUGUUCUGUUAUACUGGCAUGAAACCCGAUCAAGUUGAACGUUUAACAAAAGAUUACAGUAUAUAUUUAACAAAAGAUGGACGUAUUUCAAUGGCUGGCGUUACAUCCAAGAAUGUUGAAUAUUUAGCUAAUGCCAUGCAUGAAGUUACUAAGUAAAAAAAACACGAUAUUAUGGUUACGAUUUAAAUGCUUCAUCAAAGAAGAGUAUACAGAGAGAUUUUAUUAUUUUUAUUGAUUAUACGUGCCUGUGAGAAGAUACAAAGAAAGAAGUUACGAAAAAAUAUCAAUUAUUGCAUUUAUUAUAUAAAUUUUAUGCUCAUUUUAAGUAUGUUAGGUGGUCAUAUUGUAUAUACCACACUGUACUCAUGUACUCAUGUAUAAUUUUAAUAAAUAUCUAUAUUUCACUAAUUUAAA